AAUACAAUGAAGAGUUGAUAAAUAUUAGUUUAUGGAUCCACACAAACUUAUCUCAAGUGUCUAUACCAUAUUCUUGACGUUUUAUUUGAGGACGAAAAGGGCGUCGUUCUUACCCAAACACAAAAUAUGACCCUUCAAAUGAUUCCCUUGAAAGGGUUUCCACACGACCCUUCCUUUUACAUCAUCGAUUCUUUUUCCAAGGAUUCUACAACUAUUCUUUAGGAACAAAUACAAUGACUCGUAUUGGUAUAUUCAAUUCCUUUCUCAUGUUCAUUAUAAUAAUUGUAUAUAGCUCUCCUCGUAUUCAUGUUCAUGCUAGUCAAAAUGAAUACCUAAAACAAGUCUAUGACUCAUGUGGAGGUGCACAAUGGUCGAUGAGUGUCUAUAAAUACUGUUCAACCAGUAGUAGUUGUGUAUCAAACGACAAUUGUUGUUGGAAUACAUCAAACUCGGCUUGUGAUCAUGAGCAGGUGACAUGUACUAACGGAAACGUGGAACAAAUUGACCUCAGCCUUCAGAAUCUUCAAUGCCCUUUUCCAGAUGUACUGACUCAGUUUUCUCAAAUGCAGGAACUACAAAUGAGUUAUAAUCCAAAGCUAACUGGUAGUAUUCCAUCCAAUAUAAGUCUUCUCAGUCUACUGGAGACCUUGCAUCUAAGACAUACUGGCAUGGGAGGAUCUAUACCGACUUCUAUAGGCAAUCUUCAAAGCCUGCAAUCCCUCGAACUAAGCCACUCGCAAUUCUCUGGUUUCAUACCUUCAACAUUAUUUAGCUCCAGUACAAUUCAAAAUCUCCAACUAUCUGAUAAUCAACUCUCUGGUAGUUUGCCAAAUACCUUCAAUCAAAUGGUGGUGCUUGAAACUCUUGAGCUUUCUUCCAACAAUCUCAAUGGGAGUAUUCCAUCGACUCUGAGUCAAGCAACAACACUCACAAACUUGCAGCUACAAAACAAUGCCUUCACAGGAAUACUUCCCAACUUGAGCAACUUGACCAAGCUAACCUACAUCGAUGUUUCCAAUAAUCAACUUGAAGGUGAAGUUACAACUUUCCCUCCUGCUAUUCUAACUAUCGACUACUCCAACAACAACUUUUAUGGACCACUUCCUUCUAUUCCAUCUAGUGUGACAAGUUUGCGUCUUUAUGGGAAUGACUUUUGGGGUUCUCUCCCUUCUUUACCUUCAAACCUAAAAUCCUUGUAUAUUCAGGAGAAUAAUUUCAGUGGCUCAUUACCAUCUUUACCCAGCAGCCUCGAAAAACUCAAUGUCUCCUUCAACAACUUUACAGGUUAUCUUCCAACCUCAUUACCGUCAGGUUUGACAACUGCCGACUUUUCCAACAACUCCUUCCAUUGCCCUAUUCCAUCGGAUAUCACUUUUUAUGCCAAUUUGACAUGCAUUUGUCCUGCAGGAUAUUAUGGAAACAGAACUAUUUGUAAUCAAUGCGGGGAAGGAGAAUAUACAUCAGAGCCGAAUAGUCCAACUUGCAGUCUAUGUCCAGCUGGACAAUAUAAUGAUGAGGAAGGACAAACGAGUUGUUCUCCUUGUUCACCUGGAACUUUUACAAACAAUACAGGAUCAACUAGCUGUCAGUCAUGUCCAAUAGGGAGUUAUCAACCCAGCAGUGGUGAAAAUGAAUGUUUACAAUGCCCAGCUGGACAAUAUCAACAAAAAAGUGGCCAGUCGAGCUGCGACACAUGUCCAUCUGGUUAUUACUCAACAAAAGGAUCCUCUAAGUGUUUACCUUGUGAUCCAGGAACUUAUAGUAGUGCAGGUUCUGGUAUUUGUACACCAUGUCCACCUGGACAAAACACUUCGACGUCCCAAAGCAGUGCAUGUAGUAACUGUCCAAGUGGAACAUAUGCCAACAAUAGCGGAACUGCCUGGUGUAAACUGGCUCCUGCUGGAUCCUACUCUAGUUCUGGUGCUGAUAUUUAUACACUUUGCUCUCUUGGACAAUAUCAACCUAAUAACGGAAGUUCGCAGUGUGAAGCUUGUCCUGCUGGAACUUUUAGCAAUAUCACUGGCGCCACACAAUGCCUCAACUGUUCGGUUGGGCAAUAUAGCAACAACGGUGCUGCCAGUUGUACUUUAUGUCCUGCAGGUUACACCAACAACUCCAAUUCUACAGCUUGUAAAGCUUGCCAACUAGGAACCUUCAACGACAAGAAAGGGUCUGUUUGUAAACUGUGCCCUGCUGGAACUUUUAGCAACAUUACUGGCGCCACGCAAUGCCUCAACUGUUCGGUUGGCCAAUAUAGCAACAACGGUGCUGCUAGUUGUACUUUAUGUCCUGCAGGUUAUACCAACAAAUCCAAUUCUACAGCUUGUAAAGCUUGCCAACUAGGAACCUUUAACAAUGAGAAAGGGUCUGUUUGUAAACUGUGCCCUGCUGGAACUUUUAGCAACAUUACUGGCGCCACACAAUGCCUUAGCUGUUCGGUUGGCCAAUAUAGCAACAACGGUGCUGCUAGUUGUACUUUAUGUCCUGCAGGUUAUACCAACAAAUCCAAUUCUACAGCUUGUAAAGCUUGCCAACUAGGAACCUUUAACAACGAGACAGGGUCUGUUUGUAAACUGUGCCCUGCUGGAACAUUCGGUAACGAAACGGGUUUGAAGGAAUGUUAUCCUUGUCCUGCAGGUAUGAGUAGUUCAACAGGAUUCUCAUCUUGUCGUCCGUGUCCAGAAGGCACUUUCAGUGAAGCCGGUGUUGCAAGCUGUACUCCCUGUGCUGCAGGCACGUUCUCCAACACAACGGGGACAAGUUCUUGUCUACCUUGUCCUGCCGGUAGUUACAGUCCAAGUGGUUCAUCUCAUUGUCUACCUUGUCCAGUUGGAAACUAUUCCAACUCACUGGGUAGCUCUCGUUGUCCACCUUGUCCUCUCGGUACUUUUGGAAAUGAAACUGGUUUAAAAAUUUGUUUCCCUUGUGCUGCAGGAAACUAUAGCGACGUGUCAGGCUCUAUUACUUGUAAGAUGUGUUCUCCAUCAACUUACAGUACUUCCCUUUCUAGCAAAUGUAUUCCUUGUGAGGCUGGAACCUAUUCUGACAAAUAUGGCGCUUCUGUGUGUACACCGUGUCCUCGUGGUACCUUCAGUACAACGGGUUCUAAGCAGUGUGAACAGUGUAUUUCUGGUACCUAUAGUAACAAGACUGGCUCCACUUCUUGUUCUCUCUGCCCUGCAAAUAUGACAAGCACAAGUGGAGCAACUCAAUGUACAGCUUGUUCUUCAACUUUGUGUUCGUACAACGGCAUCAGUUGCGUGAAAUGUUCUCCACAGCCCAUUCCAUGUCCCAUGGGUCAAUACAGUCCUACUGGAUAUGCUCCCUGUUCAACUUGUUCUGGCGCUACUUAUACAAACCAUACAAAAUCAAAGUCUUGCUAUAAUAGUCCUCCUGGUACUUAUCCUGUUUUGGAUCACUCUGCUUAUGCUACAUGUCCAUCUCUUGGUUUCUUUUUAAAACCUUUUCAUGAAGAGUAUUCAUUCUGUGGUGCUAAUACACAGUCCAUCGUUGUGAUCGUCGUUAUCGGAAUUGCUGCUUGUGUAUUACUGAUUGGUAUUGGAUAUAUCUUAUGGCGGUAUGUUAUUCAAAAGCAUUUACAAUCAAAGAACCAAAUUGAAGACGACAACGUUUCAAACGAUGCAAACAUUUCCAAUCAGCCUCAAACAAAUCCAUCCCAUCUUUCUUCUUCUUAUACAGACUCGAACCAUCUUUCUUCUACAAUAUUGAUGCGAUCAUCAUCUAAAAAGCCUAAUGAUAGUUCUGUUCACACCAAUGUAACAACCUAUGGACAAGCUACUCAGACUACUACUACUUCCCCAACACUAGUCUCAUCCCUGACUUCUCCUAUCCAUGUUGGUGACAGAGGUACAAACGAAAUUCCUCCUCCCACAAAAUUGGCUAUAUUUCAAAGCUCAUUUGGAAACCAACAACCGAGAAUCAUUCGCAACUCUGAUACGCCAUCUUCUACUAGUCAAUCCUAUUCCAACAAUGACCAGUCCCAGCUUGUUUUUCGUUUUGGAGAUCGACUGUUUAGAUACAAUCCUAUGAAAGAUGACUUGGAACAUGAAUAAACAAUCUUUUUAUAGUUUUCAAAAGCAC